GCCAAUACUACUCACACGCUUGGCUUUGUGGAUAGCGGUGGGAAUAUACGCGAGUACUUGGUCAUCAUGGUCGACAAUACUCCCCAGUGGCUCAAAGGGGAGACACUCCGAGCGUAUAUGGCCAUCGUCCAUCAGCAACGCAAGAAACGCGGCGAGAGUAACUGUGUCGUCUAUGGGGUUCACACAGAUACCGAAUUCUUUGAUUUCUUUAAAAUUGAUUCCGCAUCCAAGCUGUCUACUCUCUAUGGCAAAGAAACCUCACGUUUUUGGUUCUACCCGUUUGGGCAGGGCAAAGACCCGGAAGCUGUACUUGCUACACAGCCCGAAGAGUCACGUGAAGGGUAUAAGAGGCUCUUUUGGAAUGCAGCAACCCAAAGCUGGAGAGUUUAUAUGAACUUCACAGAAGAUGUCGUCACGCUUUUUGAGAAUAUCCUGGAUGAUGGAGUACAGGAUUGUUACGGCAUCACAGCCAUCUAAUUUGGAAGGAGAAGGCAACACACCCCAACGCUCCUUCCUUCCUACAAGAUAAUG